CACACAACAUGGUGCUGCUGAGACUCCAGACCGUCCUAGACCUUCACCUCCUGUAGACCAGGGUCACAGCUGAAGCAGGACAGGUCAUAUUGCAAAGUCAAAAUGGAGGACUUUGAAUACAGCGUGGAGAUCUGUGACCGGGACUGGGAAUGCUUCUUUGCGGAGUGCGAAGGGUGCAACCUACUUCCUCCUUCAUUAGCAGGUGCUGACUCGGGGAUGAGUGACAUUGAUGACACAGGGUCCAUUCUUGCUAAGAGGCUUCAGAAAGUCGACCAAACAGCAGGCCUUUUAGAGGCUGACCGCCCCAUCGAUGGCCCCCCAGACUGCGAGGGCUCUCCUGUGGAGCAUUACCUCAGCAAACACGCUGUCGGUGGAAUGGAGAGCGUGCUCUCUGGCAGCGAGGAGGAUAUACACCAGCAGUCUGUCAAUAUGUUCUUUGAAAGGCUGAAAAAUCUCACAGAGACUGAAAAACUUACUGAGCCAAGCCAAGCGAGGGAUGGAAAAAACAGAGAGGCAAUACAGGAGAAGGAGCGGUUUAGUGAUGGGAAACAAGCCAGCAGCAGUUCUUGGCCAAAAAACAUCCCCAAGUUAAACUCUCUGUCUGCCAGCGGUGAAACAGCAGUUGGCAAAGAGACCACAGAGCCCGUCGACGCCAUCAGCAACAUAAACACAAUAAAAAAAGACGUGCUUGGCUCCAAGAUUUCCCCCGGACCUGCAGCCAGUAGCUUCGUGCUCCAGAUUAACAAAUCAGCAAACCCUGAAACGAGGUUAUUCACCAGAGAGGAGGCCUGCACAGAAACCAGAGUAAAUGAGGCAGCACAGCUGAAUCAGUCUCAUGACUCACCGGAGGCGGUUGUCUGCUCAGAAACAACACCUCACACUGACAGUGUGACAAUAGUGGAAAUGUGCACACCCCUGAAUGAUGUUCAUUGGGAAGAUGUGUUGACAAGUCAGUUAAUUAUCUCUAAAAAGUGUAGCACUGAUUCAUCAAGUAAUCUAGAAAUAGUGACGCAUGUUAAAAGGAAGGGUGACCAAAACGCAGAUGUUUUACAGUCGGACGCGACGCGCACCAACAAAACCGCGAGCCAACAAUCGUCUCCAUCUGCCUCUAUCAAACGAAAGAGAAGGAAAAAGAGACGACUCAGUGUUGAGCCAGCUGACGGUGUGCAUGGAUAUGAGAGGCAGGUUUUAGUCAAGCGGAGUGAUUCAGAGGAGGAACAGUAUGCAUGGAGAGGAGGAACAGGUUUAUCUGAGGAUAUUCAUUUAUCCUAUUUAAACGAACCACAAAAAAAAUGUAUUUCAUCAUUAACUAGUUAUUCAGCCACCAGUAAUCUCCCAGUGAAUACAUCUGUUAAGGAGAUCAAAGUAGAUUAUCUUGCUCACUACAAUCGAUACCAAUAUUUACCAGAGAGCAUCGUAAGAAAGGGCAGGUGUAAAGCAACAGACUCGGCUGAAAACAGUGCAGCUAAUGAUAGGUCAGUAAACUCCUCGAGUCAACCCGAUGACAGUGCAAUGACAGCACCAAACAACAGCGGUAAUGUGGCAACAAAUUUGCAGCCAAGCAGCAAAUUACAUGUCGUAGAAUCAACUGGGUGGCCAGUUUCAAUUAGUGACGGUGUAACUGGUAAAUCAUACCUGGCCACAGAAACGGCACACUGUGGAAGAAAGGACAGUCAUGCAGGGAGUCUCCAGCAGUCUGACAAAAUGAAUCAUUCUAUCAUUUGUUGUGAAGACGAACAAUAUCCAGAAUAUUGUACAGCAGAGGUCAAAUCAAUAAGUAUUCUAUCAAGCGCAGAGUCAAAGGAUCCCGCAGUGGAAGUCAGCCAAAAUGACAAACUAUCCUCUGCUAAGUCGUUCCUGGCUGUGGAGGCUGGAAAUUCCGGCAGAGCCGAGCACAUACUGUGUCAAAGAGAAGCUGAACCCCAACAACAGUUGGGAAUUGACUGUCAAGACAGAGACAAAUAUAGAUCUACACUGGAAAGGACUCACUUUCCUCUGUCUGUAAGCAGUUUUGAUGACACAAAACCCAAGGAAUUGAAAACUAGAGCCUGUCCGUUCUCGAAGAUUUCCAGUCAAGUGGGCUUUGCUAAAUCAACAUCAGAUACCAGCAAUGCAUUGCCUGAUAAACACUUUCUUGCUAAAAGUCCCACCAGUUUUGAUAUAGAUAAUAAAGCACAGCAAACCGAACAUCCACUGGUGCCUCACACAUUAUCCAAACUUUGCGCAGCAUCACAAAUAACGGCUUUUCAAAGUGGGAAUCCCCUUCUGUCUGGUGAAAUCAUAGUCAAAGGUCAGAGAGAAACCAAACCGUCCGUGUCUGAAGACUUACCAACAAGUCCUUCAGAUAUUACACCGGUAUCAUCCUGCUGCACUCUGGACACAGAAUCUGUCACGGCAAUCUCGAAUGAAAAUAUCACAGACAUGCCAGGAAAUUCUUGUUUAUCUGUCAAUCAAAAUGACCAUGGAGAUCAAGGAGAAACAACAUCACUAAUGCUGGCGAACCACCAGGAAGGAGAUGGCACAUCUGAAUACAAAAGCCAGUCUGUAUCAAAUGACUCAAAUGAUUUAGUGGUUACAGCAGAAGACGUCAUCACAACAUCUAAAGCAGAAUGUGAACCUCAAAAGGCACCAGAUUCAAAGCAUUCAGUGUUCGCUAUGUCUUCUUUUUGGAGAGAGAUGGAGAUGCUGACAAUAAACGAUAUUCUGGGUUUACGAAUGAUCAGCAAAGCUGCUCCACCCAGCUCCCUCCCACCUUUACAGGACAGUGAGGAGACCAGCAUGUUUGCUGUGACGGAUUCAAGCUUUUUUACUCAACUGGAUGAGUCCCAGUCUGAACGAACCAAUGAAAACACACCCAGCCAUCCUAACUCUAUAGAAACAAGUUCAGGUUCUGUCAUAGCAGCCAAUUCUUCCUCUUCAAGCGGUGUCAUGUGGGAGAGUCUAGGGGCUGAUAUUCACCCUGAGAAUAUGACAUUGACAUCUGUUGGGGACAUUUGUAAACCGGUUCCCUCUGAAGGUGCUCAAACGUGCCUCAGGAAGAUUUCUAAAAAUGUAAGCGUGCAUAAUCUAGAGUCUUUGAGAUACACAAGGAAAGUCCAAACUUUACAAACCUUAGACGAGGGAGCGUUACAAAAAGUAGAGUAUUUCACUGAUGGACACAUGCCUAAGCAACAAAAAGACAUGGAGUCUUUAGCUUCAUUAUCGACGGACAGCUACAGAAUAUCCCUCCAAGAUAUAUUGCAGUAUCUCUUCAGUGGAAAGAAAUCAGUUCCCAGCCAACCGGCCCCAGAUAACAUAACCACCUGCUACACUGAUGGAAAUUCUGUCCCUGAAACUUAUGACCAUUUCUUCUCUGAGUUUGAUACCGAAAGCUUCUUCUACCCUUUCAUCCCUGCAGAAGACCGGACCAAAGAUGAGCUGGUUCCCAUCUUUGCCUGUUCUCGCUCAGCUAACAGAUAUCUACAGUUCCCUGAGGCUUAUGAUCACUUCUUUGCAUCCUCUUCUUCUGACGAGUCCUCUGUGGAAUCUGAUGAAGAAGAAGACGGUCCUGUGAGGGUGGUGUCCAGGUUUAACCUUGCAUCAAGCACAUCUCCGAUUUCUACAGACAUAUAUGAGAAUUUCUUCACAGACCGCGACCUCAGAAAGAAUUUUUUUUGGAAAACCACAUUCUCCUUCAGGAACAUUCGUUUAACUGGAUCUACAGUCCAGAAGCAGACUCUCUCAAACCCUCUAUCUCGUGUACCUGUGAGGCAAAGAGGCAGAUCCCUUGGAAGGACAGUUCAUCCUCUAAAUGCUCUGGGAAAGCAAGACGGGAUGUUUCCUGAUCCACUUUUGUGCCAGCAGCCUUUCAGACACGAGGACUUACAGACGGCUGCUUCGAAUCCAAGGUUGGAUGCCUCCCUUCUGCCUCUCAGACAGUCAGACAUGUGUCUGGUUUGUAUUGCAUUUGCUUCGUGGGUACUGAAGACUGCAAACCCACAAGUUGGAGACACCUGGAAGGCUGUUCUGCUGGCGAAUGUAAGUGCUCUGUCAGCCAUCCGAUACCUGCGUAAAUACGUCACGAUGGAGGCGGCAGCCAGUGAGAAGAACAUGAGUUACACCGCCUCGUCUGAUUCUUGAUGUCUCCGCCUCGAAUUACGUCACGCUGAAAGUGAAACAUUCUUCCUUGUACACCUGAUGCAAGCCAGUGCAAGACCUCAGUCCGUCAUGGAAUUUGUGAAGUGUUUGAUAUGCUGCUACAUGUUUGCUUGACGUAUUUGCACUAUAAUCGCUUUAUGGAUCUUAAGUUUUAUUGAUCUUUCCAUUGAAUGGACACGGAAAAGGGUUUCAGUUAAUAGCAGUUUUUUUGAAACGACCAAAAACACACCCUGAUAAAAGUAUAUAAUCAUUUUUAGGGAUUGUAUUUUGUGCCAGUAUCACUUUUAUACUUUAUGAAGGGCAUUUUGUUCCUGAUAGAUGGCUGUUAUGUAUUCUGUCAUAUAGUUGCUCUGUGAGAUGUCGCUGUCUUUCAGUUUGACGAUAGUAAACAAUGUCUCUGUGGUAGUUGCAGUUCCAAAAGUACUCAGGCCUGAAUGUGAAACGUGUUAACACUAGAGGGCAACGUAAGGCCACGUAAGAAGCUGGACAGUCACAGCUGAGUGAGCUGCAGUUUUCAAGUUAUUUACAAUAAUUGAUUUUCAGUAAACCUAUUAGUUCAAUGUAUGAAUUAACAUAAUACGUGCUAUUAAUGUAUUUUUUUGUUUUGAACAACCUCCCACCACUUGGGGGCAUAGUGCUGCUGUCAAUUAGGCCACCGGCUAAUAUCAUCAGGAGGGUCAUUUGAUACAGGUGUUGCUGAGCAGACAGGAGCAAACUGUUUUUGACCGUGCGAUAUUUAAUGAAAGUAACUGUUAUGAUUUCUUUAGUCUAUGUUGAGGAAGUGGUCUCUGACAGAGAAAGUUGUCAUCUGUUUGUGUGAGAAAUAGAAUGCCUAUGUUGGAAACUGGAUUUUGUUAUUUAUGGCACACGUCUAAACAAGCAAUCAGCAACCUUUGUGGCCUUUUUUUUGAUAAGCAGCGGGGUCAAUACAAUGUGCUUUAUUCAACACCAUUGCAGGGUAUUCAUAGGAGAUCCUGUCCCCUUCAAGGAUCAUGACUAUUUCUCUCCAGCAGAUGGCAACGUUGAGCCAUAAAAUAUAAAGUGUCCUGCAGCUCAUGAAGCUGUGACAGUAUUCUAACAGCACAAACACUAAACGGAUUAGAUUUUGUUUAGAUUUUGAAAAACAGCACUUGUUAGGACUUGGUUAAGCAUUUCAAAAUAUCACUGAUACACUUGGGGCGUGGGGUCUUUACAGUACUUUGUAUGUCCAAAUAUAGUCUUGAGUAACUCAGACUUGAAUUUCAGACCUGAAAAGCAAACAAUAUACUUUUUGUAAUUUAAAGGCAUAUAAUCACCUUUUAACUUGAAAUGCCAAAUGUGUUACCAAACAGUUGCAUAUUUACACAUCCAGCUACAUUACACUUCGUUCUGUUUUUGGUCUCUACAAUCUCCCGAAUAAGUAAAAUGAAAUAAAAUACUAUAUCUGGCUCUUAAGCUGCUAAAUGCUCCACUAUGUUCACCAGCUGGUGGUAAACUGUGUCUGCUUGUGAUCUGGUGCUGAGCAGGUAGUGUACAGGACAUGUAGAGUUUUUUGGGGAAAACAGCUGCUGCUGCAGAGCUUCACAUUCAGGUAUUAAAUCUGUAGGUUCAUCGCUAUGAGUGAUUUGAUAAAGUGACAUUAUUGAUAUAGCCACUUUAAGCGUUUCAUUAGAAUAAAACAAAACAGAGAAAAAGUUGUUGACAAGUUUUUCAGUUUUAUUUCCAAAUAUAAAUAAACACCUCAAACGAAAACACAAAAAAGGAAGCCACACAGGUAUCAGUACAGUACUGCUGUAGUAAUAGUGAUAUUAGCACCCUUAAGGUCGGUUGAAGCCACAUCUAAUUGCUUUGAUAAUGCAGCAUUAUAAAAUAAUAAAUCGACAAAAUUUACAAAAAUAUACAUCCGUUGCUAUAUAAAGCCCUGAUGGAAUGUCGUUUAUAGCUUUAAAUAAAGACGAAAGAAAGAAGAAUAAGUAAACUGGACAGCAUGUUACAAAAUACUGCUUUUGCACUACAUAUGAAACCUUUAGUGCAAUUUCAUAAUGCAUAAAUAAAAAAAUAAC